UAGUGUGGCAAUAGUAGUAGUAGUAGUAGCAACAGCAGAGCAGCAGUAGCAGCAGCUGACGACUCGGAUGAUUCGUAUAGAUUUGCAAUCGCUGACCGCCGUGGUGGCUCGUCAUCUUUGUGUUUCGCACAGUGCGUGAUCGUGUGCUCCGCAGCCGCAGCCGCAAGAGGCUUAUUGGGACGUAACGUUGGAGGUGGGGGUGUGACGAGCGAAAAUCACAGUCUCCUGGGAUCGAUUGUCGAUCGGUGAUCGAGCGACGCGGUGUGUGAAUGGUGCACAGCGAAACACAACGUGAAAAGACGAGGAAAGGCUUGCCGGCUGAUUAGAUGUGUCACCAUGGAGAAUCAGACGAUGGAUCAGUUCUGCGGCACGGAAUUUUGGGAUGCUAACUUAACAUGGUAUACAAACAAUCCAGAUGUAACAGUAUGUUUUGAAAAAACAAUAUUAAUAUGGGUACCAUGCAUAUUUCUAUGGAUAUUCUCAUCAAUGGAGGCAUACUAUAUUUUACAUAGCAAAAGAAGAAACGUUCCAUAUACAUGGUUAUUUAUUAUUAAGCAAGUACUUACGAUAGCAUUGAUUAUACUUUCCAUAGUUGAUUUAGGAAUGGCAAUAUAUGAAAGUACUUAUCGUGAAGUCUACAGUGUUGAUUAUUGCACACCAUUUAUAAAAAUAAUAACUUUUAUUUUAGCAUCUAUUUUGAUGAUAUAUAACAGAAAAUAUGGAAUGCGGACAUCAGGUCUUUUAUUCUUAUUUUGGUUUAUCCUUGCAUUGUGUGGAUGUGUCCAAUUUAGAACUUUUAUAAAUAAAUUAAUUGAUAGGGAAAAAUCAACAUAUCCAAUAGUGUCCUAUAUGAUCUAUUAUCCAAUAGUACUAUUACUUUUUGUACUUAAUUUCCUUGUUGAUGCAGAGCCUAAAUUUUCCGAGUAUCCUACGGUUGAAUCGCCAUGUCCAGAACAAAGUGCUUCAUAUCCAUCGAGACUUCUGUUUGCGUGGUUCGAUGCCUUGGCGUGGAAGGGUUUUCGAAAACCUCUUGAAGCAUCUGAUUUGUGGUCAAUGAACCCGGAAGAUAUGGCUAUGGAAAUUGUACCAAAAUUCGACAAAUAUUGGGAUAAAAACUUACAAAAGACAGACGAACUGGUUUGGACUUACCUUAGAGUAGAAAGCGCAAAAGCGUCAUUCCGGAAGGCAUCUGGACAAGUGGAUUUUAAUAGUGGCCGUAAGAAGAAGAUUGCCUCCAUCCUGCCACCUAUUUGCAAAGCUUUUGGAGCAACGUUUCUGUUUGGUGCAUUUUUGAAAUUGGUUCAAGAUAUCAUGACCUUUAUUAGUCCACAACUAUUAAGAGUUCUGAUCGCUUUCGUCAAAGAAAAGGAAGAGCCAUUAUGGAAAGGAUAUUUCUAUGCUGUAUUACUUUUUCUCACAGCAACAUUACAAACAUUAGUGUUAUCUCAAUACUUUCAUCGUAUGUUCUUAGUUGGAUUGCGUAUACGUACUGCAUUGAUCGCAGCGAUUUACCGUAAAGCACUGAGAAUGUCCAACGCAGCCAGAAAGGAGUCCACUCUCGGCGAAAUAGUGAACUUAAUGUCUGUGGACGCUCAGAGAUUUAUGGAUCUAACUGCGUAUAUAAAUAUGAUUUGGUCGGCUCCAUUACAAAUAGUUCUAGCUUUGUAUUUCUUGUGGGAAAUAUUGGGACCGGCGGUGCUGGCUGGUUUAGCAGUUAUGAUCAUCCUUAUCCCUGUGAAUGCACUGAUCGCGAACAAAGUGAAAACGCUGCAAAUCAGACAAAUGAAGAGCAAAGACGAGAGAGUGAAAUUGAUGAACGAGGUACUUAAUGGUAUCAAAGUACUGAAGCUUUAUGCGUGGGAACCUUCCUUUGAACAACAGAUACUUAAAAUCAGAGCCAAAGAGAUACAAGUGUUAAAAGAGGCGGCGUACUUAAAUGCUGGUACGAGCUUCAUAUGGUCCUGUGCCCCUUUCUUGGUAUCAUUGGUGUCUUUUGCCACUUAUGUACUUAUAGAUGAGAAGAACGUCUUGAAUAGUUCAACUGCCUUUGUUUCGUUAAGUUUAUUUAAUGUUCUAAGAUUCCCACUCUCUAUGCUACCUAUGAUGAUUAGUAACAUAGUUCAAGCUUAUGUUUCCGUAAAACGUAUCAACAAAUUCAUGAACAUGGAUGAUUUAGAUCCUAAUAAUGUGCAACAUGACCCAUCAGAACCACACGCCUUAUUAAUCGAGAAUGGUAAUUUCUGUUGGGAUAUGGAACAUGUCGACAGACCAAUAUUACAAAAUAUUAAUAUGCAUGUAGAACAAGGUCAAUUAGUAGCGGUAGUUGGCACAGUGGGAUCAGGCAAGAGUUCACUUCUAUCUGCUUUACUCGGUGAGAUGGAUAAAUUGAGCGGUAAAGUGAAUACAAAAGGAUCGAUAGCAUACGUUUCGCAACAACCAUGGAUACAAAAUGCCACAUUGCAGGACAACGUUCUGUUUGGAAAAGCCUUAAAUAAAUCGGUAUAUAAUCGCGUAAUAGAAGCGUGCGCGUUAAGCCCGGAUCUCAAGAUAUUACCCGCAGGAGAUCAAACCGAAAUCGGAGAGAAGGGAAUCAAUCUGUCUGGUGGCCAAAAGCAAAGAGUAGCCUUAGCCAGAGCUGUAUAUAAUGAUUCCGAUAAUUAUUUCUUAGAUGAUCCUCUGAGCGCAGUAGACUCGCACGUAGGAAAACAUAUAUUUGAAAAUGUGAUAGGUCCAGGUGGUUUGCUUAAAAAGAAAACGAGAGUGCUCGUCACGCACGGCAUUACGUAUCUGCCAGAAGUCGAUAACAUUAUCGUCCUUAAGGAUGGCGAAAUAACAGAAUGCGGCACUUACAAGCAACUGUUAGAAAAAAGAGGUGCCUUCGCUGAUUUUUUGGUACAACAUUUACAAGAAGUUGGAAAUCUGCACGUUGACGACGGUUCCGAAGCAGAUUUACGUGAAAUUAAACAGCAACUUGAAUCGACGAUGGGAGCAGACGAGUUGCAGCAAAAGUUGACUCGAGCACGAUCUAGAAAAUCGGAGAGUUUAAGUGAAUCUGGUUCUAUAACUGAUCGGAGAUCACUCAAUGGUUCGCUAAAAAGGCAAUACUCUACGGAAAGUCAACAAUCUGCAAAUUAUAUACAUAAUAAUAGUAUAAAAGAGAAAGAAGCAACGAAAACUAAUAAUACCGGGGAGAAAUUGAUAGAAGUUGAGAAGGCCGAAACUGGAAGUGUAAAAUGGAAAGUGUAUUCUCACUAUUUAGUGUCAAUUGGGUUAUUCUUAUCAGUUGCGACGAUCGUGAUGAACGCUAUUUUCCAAGCGUUUAGCAUAGGUUCGAACGUCUGGCUUAGUGUUUGGUCAGACGAUAAUAUGACUACUCCCAAUGGCACGAUCGACAAAGGGAGACAAGAUAUGUACCUGGGAGUGUACGGUGCACUGGGCAUCGGUCAAGCGAUGACGAGCUUUUUCUGCGAUUUGGCACCGCAGCUGGGCUGCUGGUUGGCUGCUCGCCAGAUGCACAUAGUGAUGCUGCGUGCUGUGAUGCGUGCACCAUUGACCUUCUUUGAUACGACCCCUAUUGGUCGUAUUAUCUCCAGGUUUGCUAAAGAUGUGGACGUACUGGAUACAUCUCUUCCUCCGCAAAUUUCCGAUACCAUCUAUUGUUUGUUCGAGGUUAUAGCUACUCUUUUUGUAAUAAGCUACAGUACACCUAUAUUUAUCGCAGUAAUACUGCCAAUAGGCGCGCUUUAUUAUUUUAUUCAACGUUUUUACGUUGCAUCAUCGCGCCAAUUAAAAAGAUUAGAGUCCGUAUCAAGGUCUCCUAUAUAUUCACAUUUUAGUGAAUCAGUGACCGGUGCAUCGAUAAUUAGAGCGUAUGGUGUACAGGAACAGUUCAUUCACGAAUCAGAAAGUAGAGUAGAUAUCAAUCAAGUAUGUUACUAUCCUAGCAUUAUUGCAAACAGAUGGCUAGCUGUGAGACUAGAAAUGGUCGGAAAUCUAAUAAUAUUCUUCGCGGCGUUAUUCGCAGUUUUAGGUAGAGAUUCACAGGACAUGAGUGCAGGAAUCGUUGGUCUAUCAGUCAGCUAUGCCUUACAAAUCACCCAGACUUUGAACUGGCUGGUUCGAAUGACGUCCGACGUCGAGACCAAUAUUGUCGCGGUGGAGAGAAUAAAAGAAUACGGAGAGACAACGCAGGAAGCAUCAUGGAAGAAUUCAGAGUACACGCCUCCCAAAGAGUGGCCUAGUAACGGACGCGUUGACUUCAGGAAUUUCAAAGUCCGCUACCGCGAAGGGUUGGAUCUUGUACUACACGGCAUUUCGUUCAGCGUUCUUGGCAGCGAGAAAAUCGGCAUAGUCGGCAGAACGGGUGCCGGCAAAUCGUCUUUGACACUGGCACUCUUUAGGAUAAUCGAGGCUGCCAGCGGCGAGAUCCUUAUCGAUGACAUUGACAUUUCUAAGCUGGGUCUUCACGACUUACGUUCUAAAUUGACCAUUAUACCACAAGAUCCUGUGUUGUUCUCCGGAACGCUACGAAUGAAUCUAGACCCCUUCGAUAAUCAUACCGACGACGAAGUGUGGAGAGCAUUGGAACACGCACAUCUAAAAUCGUUUGUGAAAAAUUUGCCAAGUAGUCUUCUGCACGAGGUAUCUGAGGGUGGAGAAAACUUGAGUGUGGGACAACGACAAUUGAUCUGCUUGGCGAGAGCAUUGUUGAGGAAAACGAAAGUUCUGAUAUUGGAUGAAGCCACGGCUGCGGUCGAUUUGGAGACGGAUGAUUUGAUUCAAACUACUAUCCGCCACGAAUUCAAGGAUUGUACAGUACUCACGAUAGCUCAUAGGCUCAACACUAUUUUAGAUUCAGAUAAGGUAAUCGUGUUGGAUAAAGGGUUAAUUGUUGAAUAUGAUUCUCCGGAUACGCUACUUCGUAACCCGACUAGCUCUUUCUACAGUAUGGCUAAAGACGCAGGUCUAGCUGCUUAAGCGAAAGGAAUAUGUUGCAAGAAUUUUUUCCAAUGACUACAUUAUCCACGAGUUAAUGUCAAAAGAAACAACAAAACCAACAUUCAGAAAGCCAUAGAACAAAUAAUGUAGCUUAACAAUCUAGAUUAAUUAUAGUAAAGUCUUUCUAUGCAAUGAAAAAAAACGAACAUUCGAUAAUAGACGAUACAAAAAAACGCUGAUUCGUUCGCCGUCGAAGAAUUUUAUAAGACGAGAGGAAUCACCUUGCCAAAUUGUACUGUCGAUUAUCGAAUUUUCUAUAUACAAGGCAUCUCAUAAUUGUAGCCUAAGACAUAAUGGUAUUUUUGAGCGUAACGUAAAUUCAGAUGAUGCAUAAUUUUUUAUUCAAUUCAAUUUUAUUUAAUUCAGUUGAAUAGUUAUUCAAUUAUUCAGAGAAUAAAAUUGAAAUCAGCGAAAAAUAGAUGUCACAACGGUUUCUUAUUCCUUCGCACAAACCCUCUUCGCUAAUUUGAUAGCUGAGAAAUGGUGCAUUAUUUAAAUAUUUGCAAAAGAAGUGUGUGUGUACAUACUCACGUGCACACGUACAUACAUUUAUAGUAAAUAAAGUUUUGUAGUGAUGUCUCAUGAAAUGAGGUAUGCACGAUAUAGCUCGGUUUUAAAACGGCGUCAAUGUCCAUUAUCUAUUACGUAUUUGGAUUUAUGUCUAAUUGGAUAAUGGUUGGAUAAAAUGUCACAAUAUUUUAUGCAUUCUAUGAUACGGAUAUUCUGUAUCGUAUUAAAGUAGGACUGCCAACAAAAUAUACAUGUGAUCAGUAAAAGUGAUAUCUUUACUCGCUCGAAUUAAAAAAAAAACAAAGAAGAAACUAAAAUACCUAUCUAGAUAAUUAACAGAAAUUAAUUAUAAAAUUUAUUAGUAUCAUUAUCGCACAAAAAAAAAUAUUUGAGUGCAAUAAAAGUGGAAUAGUGCGUUUGUGAUACUAUGCAUUUAAAAUUGUAGCGAAUAUUUUUCAACAAUUUAAAAUUACCGAUGUAUGCAACUAAUACGAUACAGAAUAUCACUUCCGAUAAGCGGAAUGCGAACGAAUCUUAUUUCGUGUGUUAGUCUCUGUACUUUUACAUUUUUCCCGAAGA